AUGGUUUUAAUGAUGGAAUCGCAGUGCGAGUAUUUUAUGUAUUUCCCAGCCGUGCCCAUUUCGGACUUGUCCGAUCCAGCUCGGUAUCGAACACUUCCACGUCGCAGUCACUUGUACCUUGGCGAAACCGUGCGUUUUCUACUGGUCUUGCGCUCCCAAAAUGUUGCAUCUGGGUCUACAGGGAGUGCGGGUGUUGACAGCGGUGGGUCAGAGCAUCCGAGCAGCCGCUCUUGGAGAGAGCUGGCCAAUUCUCUGUGUGCUGUUGCAAGUGUCUGCCCUGGCGACAACAGACAGAGGACACAACCAUUGUACCAUGAUUACCACAGCAGUGGGGACGAAUAUGUGGAGGACACCGACGACGAUGACGCAGCUGAGACAGGCUGCACAGGUAGAGGAGGCAUGAGAUACCGAGGUUUCAGAGAGUGCAAGCCGCUCCUCAUUCACAAUAACCCGGGUAAUGGCGUGAGAGAAUUCCGCAAGGCACCUUUACAGUCACCUGUAGAUGAGCCUGUUGUGCUGAAUGAUGAGGUCAUCUUCCCUCUCACUGUUUCAUUGGACAAACUCCCUGUCAACACUCUGAAAGUGAAGAUCAUUGUGACUGUGUGGAAGCAGGAAGAGGAGAAAGCCGAAAUUCGGGAGCAGGGCUACCUCAGCAUCCUACAGCAGAAGAACCCUUGCCAAACCUUCCGCCAGGACCUCAACACAUUCAAAGCCCAGGUCAGCACCACGCUGAACGUCUUACCACCGCCCACAGUGAAGUGUCAGCAGAUGACUGUGUCUGGGAGACACUUGACUAUCUUGAAAGUGUUAAACGGAAGUUCUCAGGAGGAGGUGUGUGUGAGAGACAUCAGAAUCCUGCCCAACUUCAACACGGCCUACUUGCCCAUGAUGCCUGACGGCUCAGUGCUGCUAGUUGACAAUGUCUGUCACCAGUCAGGAGAGGUUGCCAUGACAUCAUUCUACAGAAUGGACAGCGAGUCCAGCCGUCUUCCCAGUACACUCACUGCUCUAGAGGAGCAGAACUUUCUGUUCCAGCUGCAGCUGAAUGAUCAGACACAGGAAGACACAAAUGAGGGACUGGAGGUGCCGUUGGUGGCUGUUCUGCAGUGGUCCACCUCCAAACUGCCCUUCACCAACUCCAUCUACACCCAUUACAGCCUGCCCAGGGUUAAGCUGGACCGACCCCGCUUUGUGAUGACAGCCAGCUGCCCCAGUGUUGUAAGGGCGCAGGAACAUUUUCGGGUCAGAUACACUCUACUCAACAACCUACAAGACUUCCUGGCUGUCCGGCUGGUCUGGACUCCUGAGGGUCGCGGGCAGAAGGAAGACCCUGCAGUGAAUGCAGUGGUGUGUCACUCUCCACUCAGUAACCUUGGUUACUGUCGCAAGGGCAGCACUCUGUCUGUUACUGUGGCCUUCCAGAUACUCAAAGCAGGCCUCUUUGAGUUGAGUCAGCACAUGAAGCUGAAGCUGCAGUUCACGGCAUCCGUGUCCAACCCGCCUCCGGAGGCCAGGCCUCUCUCCCGCAAAAACAGCCCCUCCAGCCCAGCCGUCAGGGACAUCCUGGACCGGCACCAGGCCAGUCUGAGCCUGGGCCGCUCUCAGUCCUUCUCCCAUCAACAACCUUCCAAAUCCCUCCUCACCAGGACAGGUAGUGUUAUGGAACGCCGUGCUAUCACACCUCCGGUGGGGUCUCCCGUUGGCCGGCCUCUCUACCUCCCCCCAGACCGCAACAUCCUCUCCCUCGACAAGAUCGCCAAGCGAGAGUGCAAGGUACUCGUGUUGGAGGCACACAGCUAA